CUCGCCACUAAAAAAGUCAGUCACCUUAUCCACAAGAAGUGGACAAUGUCUCCUGGCGAUUUCUAAGGCCCUCAGCCCCAUGUUCCCCUGAAAACACUAACAGAAAUCGCCAUUCAGAGCAAUGGCAGCAACUUACUCUUACAUGGCCUCGACAAAGUUCUCAAUGCCCGGUUGGGCCGGAGGGAAGAGAAGCUCGAUCAGGAAGAGAGUUUCCUCCCUCACAUUCUGUGUCUCAGCCCAGCAGCAGUCUCCAGUUGAGGAAUCGCAGGAAGUGAGGCCGCCGCCCGAGGAGGAUUCCUCCUCAGCCCAGCAGCCUCAGAAGCAGCGGCUAAGGCCCGUGGAGCCGCAGGCGAACGUGAAGAGCCGGAACAUGAGCCGGGAGUAUGGUGGCCAGUGGCUCAGCUGUGCAACAAGGCACGUGAGGAUCUACGCUGCGUACAUCGACCCUGUGACAUCCGAGUUUGAUCAAACUCAGAUGGACAAGCUCACCCUCAUCCUUGACCCAACCAAUGAGUUUGUAUGGAACCCGGAGACCUGCAACAAGGUGUAUGCUUACUUCCAGGAACUUGUAGAUCAUUACGAGGGAGCUCCACUGACAGAAUACACGCUCCGCUUGAUCGGGUCAGACAUAGAGCACUACAUAAGGAAGCUACUCUACGACGGAGAGAUCAAGUACAAUAUGAAUGCGAGGGUCCUCAACUUCAGCAUGGGGAAGCCCCGGAUUCUCUUUAACAACAAAACCGAAGAAGAUCAGAUUCAAGAUGUACAAUAAGUGGACUCAUCUUGUAUUACUUGAGUUCCUUUCUUCUUUUUACGCAUAGAAAAGGUCCCUCUGCUAUACCCGGUGAGGUGAACCUUCUAAUACUAAACUAGUCCUAAAGCAAAAGGAGUCUUCAUCCCAUGUUUCCUCAGCAGUCCUAGGAAGGUUCGACCUUGAGACGCGGUCCUUGCUCCACAAGCGGUGGUGUAGGUGGCGAAAAGAUGUUUGAGGCUGGUUCAAUUUUCAGACAGGGCUUCUGCUUCACUUGUGGUGGAAGUGGUGGCAAGAUGUUCGAACAAUACCGGUCGUCCCAGGGCCGGAAAACUCCUUCCAUGGGGAGAUUCUGUCACAAAAUACACAAAAUCAAUUCACUCAAAAGCAUAGAUCUCCCAUCUGAUAUUUCAAUUGUUUUCUUCUUGAUAAACAAAGAAGACAAGGAAAUGAAGGACGUAGGCAGGUUAUUUGCAUUCUA